AUGUAUUCGUCCUCACAUAUGUUUGUUAAUUAUGACGAAAACUAUCCCAUAAUCCAAUCGGCGAAUAUCUCGCCAUUGUGUCCAGCUGAUUGUGUAGCUCACGUGUCAGGAGAUCGAUUGAUGCCCGGAAGACGAUUGAUGGAGCUGGACGGAGUAUUAGUACAAAGCUUACAAACCUUGCUCUUGUUCCAGUACAAUGGCUCAUGGUUCGUGAUAGCGAGGAAAGCGCCGUCGUCACGUUCAUUUCUGCCGGCCAAUGUGAAUUCAUCCAUGAUUCGACUACAGAUGGAUGGUGAAGAACGACUGAAUAUGACCGAAUAUCAUUCAAUCUGCUUGCGGUGAUGAAGUGGUCGAUGAAGAUCAAAAGCUCAUCCAUGCUCGAAUUGAUGACAAUAACGAAUUUGUAGACGUUGA